GAACCACCAGGCCUGUUUGAGACAACAACCGUAGUUAUUCUUCAUAAGUAUAAUAACAGUAACAUUGUGUUAUCUUAACGCGUUACAGGGUUAAUAUAGGUGUCUCAGUCAUGGCUCUGGAGACACAGGGCGUCCCUCAGCUUGAACUAGAGGCUGUUAUUGGGUUUAACGGGCACGUGAUUUCUGGUCUGAGAGUCCAUCCGGACAGGGAGCACCUGAUCUACCCUCUGGGAUGCUCUGUCAUCCUGAAGAGAAUCAAAGAUGGCAAGCAGGAGUUCCUGCACGGACACACGAACAAUGUUUCCUGUAUUUCAGUGUCUAAAAGUGGCUCAUAUAUUGCCUCUGGACAGGUCACCUUCAUGGGCUUUAAGGCUGAUAUUAUCAUCUGGGACUAUGCACAGCGAACUAUCCAUGCCCAGCUGCUGCUCCACAAGGCAAAGGUAGAAGCACUCGCCUUCUCUCCCAACGAAAAGUACCUGGUGUCCCUUGGAGGUCAGGACGAUGGCAGCAUAGUGUUGUGGAAUAUUGAGACCAAGCAGGCCAUCUGUGGCAGCCUGGCUUCAGCGCAGAGCGCCGGUAACUGCCUCACGGUGCAGUACUCAAGCACGAACGACAAUGUCUUUGUUUCUGCCGGGAGCGGAACAUUGCGAAUCUGGGAGCUGGACCUCCCCAACAGGAAGAUCAGGCCCAAAGAGUGUCAGCUAGGCAAGCUGAAGAGGAUUGUGAAAUGUAUAGAGAUCUCAGAGGACGAUCAGUUGAUUUACUGUGGCACCACCAGUGGAGACAUUAUGAAAAUCAACCUGAAGACGGGGCUUCUGAGCGACUGUGGUCCAGCUAAAGAAAAAUACAGCAUGGGUGUCAAUGUCAUAAGGAUUCUGAAGUGUGGGGAUCUGCUCGUUGGAUCUGGAUCUGGCACUUUCACUCUGUGUUCCGGGACUAAAUUCAAAACUCUUAAGAAAGUCCAGCUGGAAAAGGGUGUGACCUCCAUCGCUAUCAGAGGAGAGGGCCAGCAGUUCUUUGUUGGGACGGAGGCGGCUCAGAUGUACCGCUUCGGUUAUGACGACUUCAAAGGGGAACUCAUUUCCACCAGCCACAACAGCGCUGUCAAGGACGUAGCCAUAUGUUUUGGAACAUCUGAAUUGUUUGCCACCUGCUCUGAGGAGGACAUCAGGUUGUGGCACAUAGACAAGCCCAAAGAGCUGCUGCGCAUCACCGUACCCAACAUGACCUGCAACUCCCUGGACUUCAUGGUUGACGGUCACAGCAUCAUCAGUGCAUGGAACGAUGGUAAGAUCCGAGUGUUUGCGCCGGAAAGUGGCCGGCUCAUGCUCAUCAUUCACAACGCGCACAGGAUGGGCGUGACAGCCAUCGCUGGUACCAGGGACUGCAAGAGGAUCGUCAGCGGAGGGGGGGAGGGACAGGUCCGCGUUUGGGAGCUGCAGCCGCACGGCCAUCGGCUGCUGGAGACCAUGAAAGAGCACAAAGCCACCAUCAAUUGUAUCAAGAUCAAGAGCGACAGCAAAGAGUGUGUCACUGCCAGCGCUGAUGGUGCCUGCAUCAUCUGGGACAUAGUGCGCUUUGCGAGUCUUCAAAUGGUGAUUGCCAACACGCUGUUCCGGACGGUGUGCUACCACCCUGAGGAAUACCAGAUCAUCACCGGUGGGACUGACAGAAAGGUCUCCUACUGGGACGUGUUCGACGGAGGCGCCAUCAGAGAACUGGAAGGCUCGCAGUCCGGGGCCAUCAACGGCAUGCACAUCUCAGCGGACGGCAAGCACUUUGUGACAGGCGGAGAUGACAAGCUGGUGAAGGUGUGGGACUACAUGGAAGGUGCGGUAACCCACGUAGGAAUAGCUCACAGUGGCAGCAUCACCAGCAUCAAGGUCUGCUCCAAUAACCGCACCUUACUCAGCACCAGCGCGGACGGAGCCAUUCUCCGGUGGAGGUUCCCUCACCCUUUGACUGCUUAAUGUGUGGACACAACAUGUAGACUCUCUGCGUCUUCUAAUCCAGUAACACCACACUCAUACUCUAAUGUUUCCGAACUUCUUUCUCCCUUAAUCUUGCAUCUGAGCCACUGUUAUGAGAGCUCAAUAAUCAUACAUUAACAGAUUAGGUCAACACUCAGACCAAAAGGAAAUAAAUAAAUGCAAUUUCAU